ACAUCGGUUUACAUUUUUCCUUUACUCUUGUAGAAUUCUUACUGUUUGCCACCAAUAAGCAUUCGUCUCCUCUUUCUCUCACGCUCUGCGCUUUUUGGUGGUCUGAUGCGGUGUGAAUAGUUACUGACAGAGCUGUAGCUGUGUCAGCGUGUUAUGAUGCCAUCUCGUACCAACCUGGCUACUGGAAUCCCCAGUAGUAAAGUGAAAUACUCAAGGCUCUCCAGCACAGACGAUGGCUACAUUGACCUUCAGUUUAAGAAAAGCCCCCCUAAGAUCCCAUACAAGGCCAUUGCACUUGCUACAGUGCUGUUUUUGAUUGGCACCUUUCUCAUUAUCAUAGGCUCCCUCCUGCUGGCGGGCUAUAUCAGCAAAGGGGGGGCAGACCGAGCCGUUCCUGUCCUGAUCAUUGGCAUCCUGGUGUUCCUGCCAGGAUUUUACCACCUGCGCAUCGCCUACUAUGCAUCCAAAGGCUACCGGGGUUACUCCUACGAUGACAUUCCAGACUUUGAUGACUAGCACCCACCUCAGUCCUGACGAGAAGAGUCACAGAUGGGACCGAGCCCAGCUUUAAGACACUGAGCAGAAACUAUGGCUAUGGGCUGAAGAGCUCUGCAAUUGCAGAUGUUUAACAAAACCGUGGCCAGAUUAUAUGGGUCCAUCCUAAAGAUGUUAACUGAGCUGACAACCAGCUCAUUAGGACAGUCUCCCUUUUUCAUCUCUUGGCCCUGGCAAAAACCCCUGACAAGUUUUCCCACAUGACUGUGUAUCAUGGAAGAGUAGCAGUGUGAAUUGUAUGGAAAAGUGGGAGGUUUUCCUCUAGUGGAAAGUGUUGCUGCCACCACCCUUUUUAGAGCUGAGCAUUUCUUUUAACUAGUCCUCAUUGCCAAUAUGUUCUUGUGGCAAAUGGAAGAAUGCAGUAUGUCAGGUUUCUUAUUAGUAAGUAAUUUAUUUUGAAAGUCUCUAAGUGUCUUAUCCCCAUACUCGCCUCUCACUUUGUGUUCUAGUGGAAGACCUUGGCAAGAUCAAUAUCAGUGUGAGUGCAUCUGUAAUGUUUUUUACUUGCUUCUUAACAGCAACCAGGAAGUUUUUUCAACCCUCAGAGCAAGUUUUCAAAAUGUAAACACUUCCUCUGUUCACAAAUCCUUGGCCAGCUCUGAUCUGGUAAAGUGAUAGGUUGGCCCGCAUAUAAUUUGGAUCAUUCUGUCCUUUGUAGAUGAAGAUGUUCUGUAGAUCAUGCCUUUAAGGACUGGACUUUUGGCUGUUUCCUAAGGAAAAAUGUAGAUAAGCAGUUAUUAGAGUUUAUAAACCCAUUGUUAGCACCUUGUGUUAUGAUGCCAUUCUGUUGAAGGCCGUAAGAAUUGGCCCAGAUCUCUAGAGGACUAGACUGCUUUAGUUUGAUUUUGUUCCCUAGCUUGCAAAAAGUGAUUUAUAUUCAAAGGAAAUUAAAAUGUCAAAAUCUAAAUGCUAGACUUAAAAGUUAACUUUAAACAUAUUUCAGAAAACAGUUUAAUGAUUAUAUGAUAUCUUUGAUCCUAAUACCCAGGGCUUCCUUUGUUUUUAGAUAACUGGCAUUGUGUGCCAGACUGCUUUCCAGUCAUUCUUUUACUCUGAAGUUACGGACUUGACCGACUAGAAGUCUGGAAGUGCCAUCAGCUGAGAUUUGGAGGGCCGUGGGUAGAGCUAGGUUAUAGGGGAAGAUGAGCUCAGCUUUGGAUAUGUUAAAUUUUGGAUGUCUACUUGCUGGCCAAGUGGAGAUGUUGAGUCGGCAAUUGAAGUGUGCAGUUUUGGAGUUCAGAAACGGAGUCAAGGCUAUAGUUAGAAAUUUGGGAGUCAGUGUUGGGCCAAUAUCUAAGAGCCAUGGAACUGGAUGAGAUCACCUAUGGAGUGAGAACAUAUGGGGAAAAAACUAGGCUAGGACUCAGGCAAUGAGAGACAGAGAGGGGGCACCUGAAGCAGCCUCCAAGAUGAGGUGCAUUUUACAAUGGAAAGGUAGGCAGGGAGUCCAGUCUUCUAAUUAAAGUUCUUAGGUUUUGGCAGUGAAAAUAUGAGGAAAUACAUAACGCUUUAUCCUGGGCAGUGUUGCAAAGCUCAGACCAGAAAGUUUUGGCCAAACCAAAUAUUUGAUCCUUUUUAUAAGGGUAAUGAGGCUACCAGUAAGGGGGGAGAAAUCCAAAUGCAGUGGUAGAGGGGAGUAAAAGGCCCGGUCCCCAACCUUGUCUAAGUUUCUCGUGUACCCUUCUAGAAGUGUUCUAAGCACAUGUCUAUAUCCUUAAAAAAAAGAAAAAGAAAAAGAAACCUCAGACUCCCAUGA